GCACUCCCCGCCUGCCGGAGUCACCGGAAGCGGAGGGAGCCGGGCGGACAGGAACGGAGAGUCGGUGACAGCGACUAGAAUCCAGAGGAGCCGCCACCUCCCUCCGUGCCACCCCUGACCCCCCAGCAUUGGCUGUCACCGCUCAGCUCACACAGUGUUCCCCUGGCGUGUUUCCUCCUACCCCCUCCCCGCCACAUCUCUCCACGCACCCGAGGCUACUGUUACCCCCUCGUCGCCCUAUCGUUACCCCAGGCUCCGGUCCCCUGUCUUUCUGCCUCCAUAAUUCCGGGUGUCUCUCUGGUGUCACACCCACUCCAUUUUCCGUGUCUUUCUCACAUCGCCUUCUUUCUGUGCACCGUCCCCACCCCUCUAUCCUCCCCUCGGGUCACACCACCCCUCUUUGGUGUCACCCCCUCACUGCCACCCAUCUCCCACCGUCAUGGCAAAGAACACCCUCUCCUCGCGGUUCCGUAAGGUGGACAUUGAUGAAUACGACGAGAAUAAGUUUGUGGACGAUCAGCUGCAGGAAGAACCGGCUGAGCCCCAGGGUCCCGACGAGGCUGAAGUGGACAAUCUGAUAAGGCAAGGGGACAUGCUUCGUGCUUUCCACGCUGCCUUCCGGAAUUCUCCAGUCAACUCGAAAAACCAACUCGUGAAGGAACGGACCCAGGCGAUUGUACUGAAAGUCUUGACGUCGUUCAAAAGUAACGAGAUCGAACAGGCGGUGAAGACACUGGACCGAAACGAAAUCGAUCUGCUCAUGAAAUACAUCUACAAGGGGUUCGAGAAGCCCACAGAGAACAGCAGCGCCAUAUUGCUACAGUGGCACGAAAAGGCACUAGUAAUAGGAGGUCUUGGGUCCAUAGUCCGAGUUCUCACCUCACGGAAAACUGUGUAAAAGACUCUAUUAGCUGAAUCCAGAAGUUUAUGUUCCGGGCUCCAGAGCUGUGAAGGACGAGGGGAUGCGGAGCGGCCCGUCUGCAGAGUGCUAUCUAUUAAAACUGUUUUGGAAAAUUCA